CCAAUUGUUAUUGUUGGUGGUGUGUUUUUUAAGUUUUUGUUUUCAAGCGUAAUACCACUAAUAUCAGCUGUGUUUGUGUGUAAUAUACAUUAUAAUAUAAUAUGAUAUACGUCUGUUGUCUGUAUAAUAGUAUAUUAAAUAUUUAAACAGCAUAAUACAGCUCUGCAACUUGCAGCCUUCUAGCGUUAUUUUAAUUAAAUACUUCAAUAUUCGAUCUAAAGCUUUAAUUUUUGACCAUUACAUCUGUUCUGUAAUUGUGAUUUGUAUACGUGUGCUCAAGCCCUGGAGACUUGAACUGUACAACUAGGUACCUACCUAUUUUGGUGGUAAAAUGGGUACCAAGGUGUGUGAUAUUGGAGAUGAUGUUAAGGAAACAUUGAGAAAGUUUCGAUUCCGUAAAACAACUAAAAAUGCUGCUCUUAUAAUGAAAGUUGAUAGAGAAAAGCAGCAAGUAUGUGUAGACGAAAUGUUGGACGAUGUUACACUUGAAGAACUAAGAGAAAUUUUACCUGGUCAUCAGCCCCGUUAUAUUAUUUAUUGCUGUAAAAUGGAACAUGGAGAUGGACGAGUAUCAUUCCCCAUGUGCUUCAUUUAUUUCACUCCAAGAGAUAGUCAUAUGGAAUUGCAAAUAAUGUAUGCAGGCACUAAAAUGGCUUUACAACGCGAAGCCAACUUGACUAGGGUAUAUGAAGUGAGAGAAUUGGAUGAAAUGACUGAUGAGUGGUUACAAGACUGUGUUAUGGGAAAGUAAUAUCUUGUAUAAAUUUAGAACUGUUUAUAAAUGACAUAAAAUUGAUUUAAAAUGGAURUGCRGUUUAAAAAAAAAACCAUUAAUUAACUUAAAACAAAUAAUAGCCCAUAUUUAUUUUUAAUUAUCUACACACUUUAAGGUAUUAAAAGAGAUAAGAUCUAGUACAAAACUCUAAAU